UACAACCCUGCAAAUUGCUUGCAUGGCUUUUCUUCACCAAAAAGUAAACAAUUUGAAUAGUUCUUUAGAUUAAGCUUUAAAUGUACGAAUUGAAUUAAAUAAUGUCUGAAGAACCACCAAAAAUAUGUUUCAAAAAUCCGAAAUAUAGCUACAUAGAACCGGGUGGUAAGAAACAUGUUUUCAAGUCGCUGAAACAAAUACUGGCAGUAGAAAAGACUCAGCAGUGGCCAGAAGGCGCUAUGACAUACUCUUCCUUCAAUGCGCCACCGUCCUUGCGGCCACCGAAAAAAUAUUCUGACAUAUCGGGUUUGAUUGCACCGUAUACUGAUCCGCACUCCAAACUUCGUUACGCAAAUGCGGAGGAAUAUUCAAUUGUGAAGACGUUGCCAUCAGAUAUUGUUGCUGGAUACCUGGCUUUGCGUGGUGCUAGCAGUAUUGUUGGUUAAUAUUUCAAAUUAAUAAAUGGUAUCACGUGUGCGUACAAGGGAUCUAAAAUAUAAGUUAGGUCUAAAGCUGUGAGAGAAGGGGUUAACAUACCGAAGUGGGUAAUAUUAAAUUCGAGCAUCGUAUCGUAUAAUUGCCUUAAAGUAAUGAAUUUUCCAUAAAUAUACAGAAAUCAUAAUUUCAAAACCAUGCAAAUUGUUAAUAACAUGGAUUUUACUGCAAUAAAAAAAAUUAGUUGGAGAAAUAAUUUA